AAAAUUCAUAAGGAAGCAAUAUUUUACUUAAAUGUCCAAAGUUUUACAAGGACCUUGCUUCUGUCAGUCCAGCCACAAGAGUGAUUGAGUAAUGUUUCCUAAGUGUAUGAAGCAGAAUUGGAGUAAACUGACUGACAAAAAUUUGUCAACAGAGGUGUCACUGUGCCUACACUAUCACACCAUCAGUUACAUAAUUGUGUACCAAAUCAUAGCAGACUGAGUUCCCUUGGACAGGAUUUGUCACGUGGGAGUAUAUUUGGAGGUAUUUAUCAAAAAAAAAAAAAAAAAAAGAAAAAAGCUUAGGGAUUCCCCUAAUUGGCAGAAAAUUUGAGGUCCGGGGACACACAAGGGUCACUGGAUAGACUUCAGGGGGUUCCCUGGUAAACAAUAGGUUAAAGAUUUUCGUGCCUGUUGAAGAGAAUAUGGUUUUCUCCAUAUUUCUAGAAAGGUCUAAAUAGCGGCUCUCUGGGAGAUCAAAUUAAAGAAAUUCCGAGCUGAUGUGUCUGUUGAGGGGUCUGCGACAUGAUGAGCUGCCGUACCGCCGUAGCCAGCACUGUCCGCCGCCCCCAACAUUAACCCCGCUAUUUCGAGAAACUUCCAGCCCACUUUCCCACGUCACUUGAAGGAAUCUUUAAAGCGUCCGUCGUCUGUAUAAAAUGUCUCAGUACUCGUCAGCCAGCAACAUGAACGCAGUGAAGACACAUUCACCUAUUUUGACAAUGGCAAGUAAUGACAGCGAACCUCUCCCACUCGGGUGGGAAGUAAAGAUUGACCCUCACACUGGAUGGCCCUUCUUCGUGGAUCACAACAACCGCACCACAACCUGGAAUGACCCGAGACACGACCACAAAAAGAAUCGAGAAGUAUCUGCAAAUGGACCCAACAUACCACCAGAACCAAGUCCUCAGGAGAAACAGAAGACCUUUGUGAGGGAGAUGAAGCACCCCAUUCUUCGCCCAGGUUAUGUUCCUAUCCCAGUGUUUCAUGAGGGUGCAGAGCUAAGGCAGCAGCAACAGCAGCAUCCGUGCUACUCUUACAUCCAGCCAACAACAGCACAGAAUGUCCGGACAGAUGGACAGACAUCGUCCCAGCCGUCAGGGCUCCACGGCAGGCCUAGAUCACCUUUACAUGGACCCUCAGACAGCUGCUCCCCCGAGUCUGUAAAGGCCAGCUCACCAGUUACGCAAACAGCAGAGGUUUACACCAUCCCCCAUCACCAGCCUUCCCGGCCAAGCAGCACUGGUCUCCAGGCGGGGUAUAUCCCUAUCCCAGUGAUCCAUGAGGGUGGAGGGGGCCAAAUUCAGCCUCAGUUAAAUCCUUCAGUGUACUCCCAGCGUGUCCCCUACUCAGAGCAUCAACAGCCCUUCCAUCGUCUUCAAACAGACGAAUGGCCCGGCUACUCUGCUGCCAUGCAGCCUCCCAGAGAAAGGGCUUCUCCAACAAUGUUUCCCCAACAUCGUGAUACUGCUUCCAUUCACCUCCCACAUCACAUAAGAAGCCAGUCACCUACUGUAACACAGGUGCUGGGAGACAGACCACAGAUUCAGCAACAUGUCCUCACAAGAGACCUGCCACACAGAAUGGAGCAGGAACAACAAAGCAUGCAGCACAAACAAGAGAACACACCAGUUCCUCAGACACUACACACAGAAGCUGACGUCCAAAACCUUCAACAGCCGCAUCUUUUCCAGCAGCCUAAUCAGUACCAGCAGGUACCGCCUCAGACACUGCCUCAGCAGCCUGAACAGCAGUCACCUCAGCAGCCCCAGAAGCCAGAACAACUGCAACAUCAUGUUGCAGAUAUCACAGUUCAAAUACCUCCAAAACCAGAGGCCCAGGACGUGACAACCGCCCCCCCUGAUGUCCCAGCUGCAAAGGCUGAGGCUGAUCAGGCUGCUCAGUGCCCAGUCCACCCAGGCUUGAGUAAGGUACAGCAGAUAGUUGAACGGGUUGCUAAACUGGAGCAGGAGGUGAAAUGCUUCAGUGGGAAGAAAAAUGAUAAGAAGUACUUGUUACUGGAGGAGCUGUUAACCAAAGAGCUCUUAGCUCUGGACUCUGUUGACCCAGAAGGCCGCGCAGAUGUGCGGCAGGCGAGACGGGAUGGAGUCCGAAGGGUUCAGACCAUACUGGAAGAACUAGAGCAACUGGAGGAGCAACCGACCAGGCCUGCGAGCGAAACUGCAAUGGAGGGAGACAGCUUGACACAGAAAGGAGAGCCCAGCAUGAUUACCAAGGAGAACAUUGAGAUGGCGAAAGAGAUCUCAUAAUGACCCCACACUUCAUAUUAAAGAGGAGAUAAGAGUUUCCUGCUGUAUAUUUGAUAGUGAACAAAUCUGCUCUGGUUAACUCUCCAACACCUCUAAGUACAGCAUUUGUGGAAGUUGCAUGCAUUGAUUAACAGUGUUGGUAUGUCCAUUCAGCACAAAAUUGAUGGUAUCUCACUCCAAUCAUGUCGUCCAAGGCAUUAUUGUUGCCUUUUAUUUUUGCCAGUGUCUUUAUAAUAAUGACUGCAGUCAUGAGUAAGAUGUUGACAACAAUUGCAAAGCAGGUUGAAGUCAGAAUAAGAGGCCUUUAUUCAUAAAUGGAAGAGAAAUACAAGUAUUUUCUUAAGAAAUGUUACAUUUAGUUGCCUUUUGUCUGAUUAAAUUUCAUAUGAAGCAUUUCUUAAUCUAAUCAGCACAUCAGUUUGUGCAUUUGUGCAAACUUUGGGGCUUUAAAGAGGAACUCAUUGCAGAAAACAAGUUAUCAGAAAAGCAUUUCCCCGUUUAUGACCACCUGGUCACGUUGAAGCUGCUUUGUCACACAACACAGUAGACAUGAAUUUUAGAUGCUGCUUUUUGGUGCAUUAUGAUUUUGCUGUCUUUGCACUUUGCCAUCAGUGAAAGGUGUCACGCUGCAAAUCAGCAGCACUUCAGAAGUUUAUCAUUUAAAACCGUUUUGAUUGAUGUGUUUGAGUGGUUGUAUGUGAAUUGUUUACUUGUUAUUUCAAAUCAUGAUUUCAGUAUUUAUAUAAAGUAUUUUGGUACAAUUAUGAAUGUGUAAUGACAAAUGGGGGUGAGAUGUGUAUCUUUACAGACAAUCAGCACUUGCUGCUAGCAGGAGUCGCAUUUUAGGACGGUCAGAAUGUCCUUGUAUAACUACCAAAGCCACAAUCUGUAAUAAUGUUAACACAGUAAUGGCUUCAAUGCCUUAAAAAGUGCCAACUGUGUGAAAAUUCCCAAUUUAUGGACACUUUCAUAUGUCAGUCAAAAAGGUUCAGAUUGACUUUUAUAAUUAUCCAUGCUAUUUUAACUCUUAUAUAAAAACCCACAAUGUUUGUUUAGUAAUAUGUCACUAACAAGAUUGUAAGCCAUCAGCAAGGUAGUCCGAGCCUUACACCCUUUUCACAAAUUAUGGAUCGUGGCUUCCAGCUGAUCAUGUUUAAUUAGCAACUCACUGAUUCAUUGCUGAAUGAAAGUCACAGUGGUAUUAUUGAAAAUAAAAUAUAUUAAAUAAAUUUGUUCCCAAAGAUUCUGA